AUGUCCACCACCGUCGCCGUCAAGCCAGUCCGGAAAUUCCCGCCGCCGUGUUGGACGCGUGACGAGGCGCUUGUUUUAAUCGAGGCUUACCGUGAGCGAUGGUACGCCCUCCACCGUGCCUUCCUCCGAAACCCUGACUGGGACACGGUGGCUGAGAAGGUAACGACAUCAUGCCCGGAUGUAACUCCGCCAAAGACCUCCGCCCAGUGCCGCCACAAGAUGGAGAAGCUCCGCCAGCGCCACCGCGCCGAGAAGCAGCGCGCGUCGUCGUUCCCCGGUGGUCGGUUCUUCUCGUCGUGGUUCUACUUUGAAGCCAUGGAGGCCAUGGAAAAUGGACCCAGUUCGGAACCGGGUAACAAUAAUUCGACCAAUCUGGCAAUCAACAACGCAACCCCUGUGUCGGAUCAUCAGAGCUUGAAUCCAGGUCGUGGAAUUCGAUUUAAACCUUCUUCUGUUCAGAAUCUGGUAACGUUAGCAGCUAGUUCCACCAAUCAUACCCCUGAUUUCGAUUCCAGGUUUUCAAAUCCCAAUUCCUCAUACACGAACAACUGGUCUAAUCAAGAAGACGACAACGAAGAUGGGUAUCUUGAUGAUUCCACAAUCAGCGAAACCCCGAUUCACCCGGGGUACAAAAAUCACAAGACUUCUCCGUUCACCGGUGGAAUUCGUAUAAAACCCUCGAAUCCUUCUCACCAUGAACCCGCCCACCUCAGACCAGCAAGAAAGUUUAGCAAGGUUGUUCAUGAACAUGAAGUCGAUGAAGAUGGCGAAGUGUGGGUUAAAGUGCCUAGAAACACAAAUUUGUUUCAGGGGAACCAUCAAAACGGUAACAGUUGGAAUCCUAAUCCGAAUCAGGGGAAAAAAAGAGGGAAUGGAGGGAUACAGGAGGUGGCUUCUUCGAUUAAGCUAUUGGGAGAUGGGUUCAUGAAGAUGGAGAAGAUGAAGAUAGACAUGGCUAGGGAGAUUGAAAGGAUGCGAAUGGAGACAGAGAUGAAACGAAACCAAUUGAUAUUGGAGUCACAGAAGCAGAUUGUGGAUGCGUUCUUGAAGGGUUUGAUUGAAACCAGGAAGCAGCCAAGAACAGAAACAAUGGCGGAUUAG